AUGGCUCAGGCUCCUGCGAAUCGUGUUCGUGUGUGGUUGCCGUUUGAGUUAGUCGAAGAGAUACUUUGCAGAACUCCGGUUGAAUCUUUGUUCCGAUUCAAAGAGACGUGCAAGCAAUGGAACGCUCUCAUCAGCAACGACAUAAAAUUCAAGCAAAAGCAUUUGGAUCAUCACAUUCGCACUCCCGAACGAUUCCUAAGAAUCGAUGAUGAUCGUGCGGUUCAAAUCAUGGAUCCGGUGACCGGAAUCCUAAAAGAAAGACCAAUCCCAAACGAUUUUCUUGAUCCGCGUCCGAUUUCUUGGAUGGUUCAUUGUGAUGGACUCAUGCUUUGUAUAUGUGAAGAUUGGGAACGAGGAGGAGGUUACGUCCGUCUCGCAGUUUGGAAUCCGUUUUUAAGGAGAAUCAGAUGGAUCGAACCAUCGGUUGAUUACUGGAUAGAUGAUUAUUUCGGGGUUGGAUACGAUGAUGCAUCUCGUGACAACUACAAAAUCUUGAGGUUUGGUUAUAAUCGGUCGUCUUCUCCCCCUGGUGAUACAAUUAGAGUCUUUGAGAUCUAUGAAUUCAUGUCUGAUUCAUGGAGAGGUAUUAAUGCUGGGUUUGCUGCGGAUCUAUAUGUGGAGUGGGAGUGUGUGUCUGUGAAGGGAAAAAUGUACUGGGUUGCAUAUGAAGAAACUGAUGAACGUUAUUUCAUUCUAUGUUUUGACUUCUCCGAGGAUAUAUUCAAGGACGUAUGCGAUUGUCCUGAGUUUUGGGGCUAUAGUAACCGAUUAGAAUGUUUCAAUGGAGAUAGACUCUCUUUCUUAACACAAGAUGGAGAAGAAUCAAGAGACAUUGAGGUGUGGAUGACAAACAAGUUGAGUGAUGAGAUCGUUUCGUUUGCCAAUUAUUUCAAUGUCACUACUGGCCCUGAUCUAAUUCCGCGGUUACAGUUCCAUGACUUCCACACUCGUCCGGGAGUAGCCAUCGGCAAGCACAGAAAUAUCAUGGCAUGGUGUGAGGCAACUGUAGAAGAAGAAGAAGAUGAGAGGGUUUCUGUCUUCACUUUUUACGAAAUUGAUGAAACUGGUGUCGUCAGGGAAAUUGAGACUAGAAGACGUGAACAGGAUGACGACGGUGGCCUAUCAAUUUUUAGCUAUGUUUAUGUUCGUAGUCUGAUUCCGGUUCCAGAAUAA